AUGUCCCCUGGCUCAAAAGCUAGAAGCCAACCAAGCUGGAAUCCAGCAGCCACAGUCCGGCAGCAGCUGCGGCAGUCACUAAGUGGGAGCCCAUGGGAGGAACUGUUCCCUGCACAUGUGGCAGCAGUGGCUGCCCUUCUAGAUCGCAAGCCUGGCGAAGCGUACACCCAUCUCGUCGCCAGCGUGCAGCCGUUCAUCAAGGCGUUCAGGGAGGACACAGACGCGUGGCUGAUAGCGCCGAUGUAUGUCAUGGUGCACAACGUGCGCCAGGUGGCGUGUCAGGCGGAUGACGAGGCGACGCGGCUCGGCCGCAAGAGCGACGCGCUGGAAAAUUGCGGCACGCAGCUGCAGAAGUGCUUCGCAGUCGCCGUGCAGGGCGCAGGCAACAAGUCGAAGAAGCUGGCGACGCUGGAGAUAAUCAUAACGCUGUUCAAGGUGUACUUCCGCCUCAACACGCUGCGGCUGUGCAAGAAUCUCAUAAACGCCGUCAACAGCCGCCAGUUCCUGCCCUUUGAAUCGUUCCCUGCCUCCCAGCGAGUCACCUACAAAUACUACACCGGCCGCCUCGCCAUCUUUGACGAGAACUAUGAUGUGGCGGCCAGCGAUCUGGCGUACGCAUUUGAACACUGCCACAGAACAGCGGUGGCCAACAAGGCGCGCUGCGCGUACUACCUCAUCCCUGUCAAGAUGCUGCUCGGGGAGCUGCCCCAACAGGCCAUGCUGGAUAAGUUCGGCCUGCAUGACUACAGCCCCAUCGUGAUGGCAAUGAAGGAGGGCAGCGUACAGGGCCUGGACAGGUGUCUGCAGGAGCACCAAAUCCGCUUCAUUCAGGCCGGCACAUACCUGCUGCUGGAGAAGCUCAAAAAUUCGGUGUACCGGCGGCUCUUCCGGCGUGUUGCUCUCCUGCACAAAGAGCAGGAGCCUGCCAAGGCUGCGCAAGUACCUCUAGUGAAAUUUCAGACAGCGCUGGCGUGGCAAGGGGUGGAUAUGGAGAUGGACGAGGUGGAGUGCAUUGUGGCAAACCUGAUAUACCGCAAGUUUGUCAAGGGCUACAUCAGCCACCAGCACAGAGUGGCUGUCCUGUCCAAGGCGGACCCCUUCCCGCCGCUAUCCACUGCCACACUGACAGAUCCUUGA